CACAGAUUAUGGUUCAAACCAGUUGCUUUCACUAGACUGGAUAGUACACUCAGAAUCAAUUCCAAUAUCAUUUCCUUAGCUUUGGUAUCCAUUCCGCUACAAGCUAAUUCGGCGACAAAAAUAUAAUGUACUGUGGUGGAAAUGGGGUAUAAACUAUAAAGUUAGUUCUACACAUCCCAAAUAGCCACCAAGAAAUUGAACUCCAUCAAUUCUAAGAAGCAAAAGAAAAAGACACUACUAGAUCUUCUGAUCUAACAAGCAUGCCAGCAUCCAUUUCAUCGGCAGUCUUCAGUCCACCCAUUGAUGAAGGGAGAUGGAUCAGCCAAAGUCCCAGGACCUUAGACUCAGAACACAUAAUAGAGAUUGAUUUCACUCCAACAAUCUUUCAAGUCCCCCAACCCUUGAGAGAAACCGCCCCAGAAGCCUACACUCCACACCUACUUGGUCUGGGACCAUACCAUCAUCUCAGGCCUGAUCUCCAUUCCACCCACAGGCAAAAGCUUACCCUGAUCAAGAAAUUCCAGAAAAACUCCCAAGAGUUACUCAAGACUCCGUUUUUUUCCUCGAAAAAGAUGAAGGACAUUGAGCCCGUGGUUCGAGCUCACUAUGACAAGUACUUGGAUCUUGAAGGGGAUACCUUAGAGUACAUCACCCACCUCGAUUCUUUCUUCUUGAUUGAUUUCCUUGGUGCCUACGGCAAGAACACAGAUGUUGCAAAUCUUGAACCGUUCCGUAAAGCGCUGGCCAAAGAUGUUAUCAUGAUGGAGAACCAAAUUCCUGCAAUCGCCCUUGCGGAGAUGGGGAAAGAGCUAGAGCUGUUUUCUCCAGCAAAGAGUGCCAAAGAUGUUAACAUGAUGGAGAACGAAGCUCCCGCAAUCGCCCCUGCAAAGAAGAUGAAAGGGUUAUUGCCACCACUUAUUCCUCUAGAAGAGAGUGUCACAGAAAACAUGUUGUACUCCCAACUCUUCUACUACUUCUGCAAAGCCCACUCUCCGCUCGAGGUGUCGAGUCUGUUGCAGAAUCAACGCCGUAAGAGUGUCCACCUCCUUGAGCACAUGUAUUAUCUCGUCCUUCAUGUCAAUCCGUACAAACUAGAAGGGAUUUCAGCCAAAGAAUCAGUCAUCAUUGACGCUGGAACAGAGCUGUUAACGGCUUUAAAUGAGCUAGGAUUGGGAGGGCCCUUGAUUAAGCCACUUCUGUUUGGUUUCAAGGCCAUACAAGUGAUAGAGAACAACAGCCUGGCCAAAGAGAUUGUUUCCGGGCGAAGGAACAAGGAACAUGAAGCGAACAAUAAAGCGCCACAAAAGGCGGGAGCAGUUAUAAGCCAUAUCUGCCUCCCUUCGGCUUCGGAGAUGUCCGAGAAACACGGGGUGGACUUUUGGGUUUUGGAAGGAGUAGGGAUAAUGGGUAUCAGGUUAGAUGUUGAGGAGGCUAAGAAACCAGCGCUUUACCUCCCUGUUAUCCAUUUCAAAUAUGAUUCUGAUGUUGUGUUAAGAAACUUAGUGGCCUAUGAAGCUGCUGUUGCUACCACAAAAGAAACCACCUUAGAGCUUGCUGAGUAUGUUGUCCUGAUGGCUAACUUACUCCAGAUGCCAAAAGACGUGGCAAUGCUGCGAGAAAGGGGAAUCAUAAUGGGAAAUGUGAUAGGUGAUGGAGAAGUGGUUGAAAUCUUCAAUGGGAUUGGAAAAUGUGUGGGGAAGUCAGAGGGAGUGUCUGCAAGCAAGGAGGUGAAGAAUCAGGUGAAGGCCAUGGUGGAGGAAUGGGAGAAGAAGAACGAGAAGAAGGAGAAGACAUGGAAAAGGGUCCAAAGAUCGGUGGAGAAGGAGAUUAAGAAUGCAAUUGAGGUUAUGAGGAAACCUUGUGUCCUGGGUAUGAAGUAUCUGCUUUAUAUAUUUUUGGCGUUGCUGGUGGUGCUUCAGAUCAUGCAAGCAUAUUGUGAGGUCUAUGGAUGCAGGAAAGAUAGCUUUAAGUCCAAUGAACACAGUCAAUUCCUCUAAUAAGCUUAUUGUGUGAUUUGGAUAAAACUCAAAUAGGCUAAAGGAUCAAAUAGGUCCCUGUACCCAUAUAAAUAGCUCAAUUGGGUACCCGAACUAAAAAAUGGUCCAAUCCAAUCCUCCAACUCUUCAAAAUCAUUCAAAUUUUUCGUUUUGCCGGUAAGACAACUUUUAAAAGUUGAGUGAGCAGGUUAAAUGCUAAGUGUUAUCUGACUUAUGCAAAUACAUUACGACGUGGAAGGAAGGCGUGUCUUCACAUUAUGAAAACGAAAAUCUGCAAAGCGAAGUCAAGAGCGACGAUGAACAAUGACGAAUUUUGACCUAAGGCAAACGAUCAAGCACAACGAGUGAAGGACGAAGAGGGAAGAAAGAACGCUGAAGGACUGGAGAAAGAGGAGACCUAAACUGUAUGUAUAAUAAGCGAAGGACGAGCAACGAUAAACACCAGGUACUGAAAAUUCAAUUGCAGCUUAAACUUAUAGUUCUACGCAUAAUAAAAGUCUGUCGUUUGUAUGCCAACUAUUACAAAUGAAGAAGAAUUUCCGUAAAUGAUUAUCUGUAUUUAAGUGAAUUUAUCAAUAACUUGUGAAAUUUUCAUUCACCAUUAAAGAAUGGAAGAGGAAUUUUGAAAAAAAUAGAUAUCCU